CUGGGGGUGAAUGGAAUGGAAGAAGAGUUCUUGUUUUGUAUGUCAGUUUCUGUCUUUUUAUAUAUAUUUCGAUUAAAUUCAACCGAACAACGCGAAGAUUCUCGCUAAUAGCCCAUUAAAAAACUUUAGGCCGGUAAAAGGAGUAAUUUCAUCCGCGGGAUAGGAUUUUGGUGGCGAAAUGCCCGGCUGUUUGUAGAUAUAUAUUUAAAUAAUUGGUGAGUGUGUGUGUAAGUGUAUGAAGAUCGGUGUUUGACUGCUGGAAGAGUGUGUACAAGGCUCCACCCCCCCACCUCUGCCAGUUGGAUGGUGUUCAAGACGGCAGACGCUGGGAAGGCAGCCGUAUUGGGUUUGGGAAAGAAAGGAUCGAUAAUGGAGCUGCAAAAUUUACAGGAAGCACUUAAAGUGGAAAUCCAGAUCCAUCAGAAACUCGUCACCCAGAUGAAGCAAGAUCCACAGAAUGCUGAUUUGAAGCUGCAGCUCCGUGACCUGCAGGCCAAGAUCACAGCUCUGAGUGAGCGGCAGAAAAAGGUAGUGGAGCAGUUAAGGAGAGAUCUGCUGGUGAAACAGGACGAUAUGAAGCUGCAGACACAGACGCUACAAGCCGAUGGGCAAACAUCUACUCAUCUGCUCAUUACACAGACACAGACAUCGCUGCCUGCUGCCAGCCUCACCACUCCACAGAACUCUGUGGGUCCUAUGAUUGCUUCAAAGACUCUACCUCUGGUGCUGAGAGCUGCCACACCCAACUCACCUAUCAUUAUGACACCAGCACCCACUAUCACAGUGGUUACAACCCUUGGCAACACUCUCCUGGCAAGCCCUUCCAGUGCAGAUCCUCAAAACGCCCCAGUAAACCUCCAACCGGUUAUCCAAUCAACCAAUCAGGGAAUAGAGCCACUGCGAGUCAUGUCCAAAAGCACCGUUGUUGUUCAAGCAGCCUCACAACCAAUCAAAGUUCCUCAGUUUGUCCCUCCCACCAGACAGACAACCCGGCCAGCCACUCUACUGCAGGUCAGGCCAAAACCUCCCUCUUCAAUAUCCCAAGCUGCUCCAGGUCAGGUCUCUAUGCAGACCUUACAGUCACCAGUGAAACUGAGCACUGCCCUUCCUUCCUCCGGUCACGUCCAGCAGAUGCGUAUUCUCAACGGCCUACCUUGCCACAACAGCUGUAACACAGGCAUCCUGAUUGCUUCAUCUACACACACGCAACAACCUGCUCAGACACACACACAGCAGUUAAUUCACAACAGCUCAGGCUCUGACAACACGAUACCCAUAGUGGAAUAUGGGACAGAGCCAAAGACUUCAUUGCUCAUCUCGCCAGACACACCGACACACAGUUCACCUCCACAAUCCUUGGAUACACCAUCUUCACCUGCACCCACCAACACACACACGCCUUCCCCCAAACAUCAGGAUAACCCUCUGAAACUGGCCUUCAUGCUUUCCUUGGGACUGGUCACGCGUGACUAUUUAGAAGAAAUUCAGAGCAGGCGUCAGGAGCGCAAGAGACGGACAACUGCAAAUCCCAUAUAUAGCGGGGCCACGUUUGAACCAGAGAGGAAAAGGAGCUCAAUGUCAUAUCUGAGUUCAAUAAACCAGUCUAGCAGAAAUACAGCCAAUGAGGACAGCUUGUCAGAGAUACUGCAAAAGGAAGAUGAUAUUGAGUGGCCAGGGACACUUGCCAUUGUCCAUUCCUACAUCUCUUAUAAAGCAGCUAAAGAGGGAGAAAAAGAUCGUCUGGUGAGGUGGAGCACAGAGCUGCGUCAGGAGAGAGAGACACUGGAACACAGAGCAGGACAGCUCAGCAACUCUAUAACGAGUUGUAUGGAUGGCAAAAACAGCGUACUGUCCCGACAGAAAGAGAUGGAGACCUCGCUGGAGAAAAUUAGAGGGUUGGUACGUCUUAUCAGAGGGAUCCAGUUGCCUCCUCUCUCCUACCCAGAGUUCAUCUCUCCUGUGGGCAUGGCUAACGGAGAUACGUACCAAAAUGGAGCUUCCAAACCCAGCAGCUCCGGCACAGACACAAACAAUAACACAAAUAAUGCGACAAGCUCCUGCGAAACUACGGUGAUAAUUAGCACUCUUACAAGUUUAAGCGAUACCGUAAACCAAAAUGCUACAAAUAAUAACACGGUUCAGACCGAUACGACAAACACAAGUGGCAGUGAGGGAACUGACGACAGCGCACAAAUAAAAAGCGUGCCCAGAAUCAAAAGUGAACCCACAAACAGCACAGCUUUCAGCAAUAACAGCAGCAACCAGGGGGUUCCCAGUACCAACGGAACGGUGUGUGCAGAAGAGGAAAAUCUAAAAAAACAUAAAAACAACAGUGACCUCAGCGUCAUCCCACAAGCCCUCCUCGGCCCAAUCGUACCCCUUACGGAAGUGACGGAGGGGGUGAAAUAGCAUCAAAUCCUGCACCGCAUUUGGGGCCUAAAGUGUGCCAGUUAACAGUAUUGUUUGUGUUUUUGUUUCAUCUCUUGUAUCUAUGAGGGAAAGAAAAUCCAUAGUGCCAUUUACUACAUACAGGAAGGAGGUUCCUAAAGUACCAGCAAUGUGUAUGCUCACGUAUGCACACCGAAAAGAUUUCUACAAAGAAUAAUGCUAUAGAAAAGAGUAAUAAAAUUUUAAGAUAUCACACCGUUGUGUGCCUGAUAAAGUUGCCAUAGCACCUCUGAGUGGGAAAGCUUCUGAAGAAAGGGGUGAAGGUCUCAUUCCUGUAUCCCUCUGGAAUAGUGCAGCUUCCUAUCAGGUCCUGUAGCUCUGAUCUAAGACAUAAGAUAUGAAGUAUUGAGGCGUUCUCUGUCUGUUUUGUCUGUGAAAUGCAGCCGAGGUGCAGUUGUUUCAUCUAGUUUUGAGUUGUUGUAUCUAAGGCUCCAGACCAGAACAUGGAGCACAAAAUAUGUUAUCACAUAUAAAGGUCUUCCAGACGUUCUGCUGGAGAUUUAACCAGAAUUAUCAUUUUUAUUUCUAUAUUAGUGUUUUUUAAACAUUUCUGUAAAUACAUUUUGGUAUUUUUACACAUUUUUUCGUCAUAAAAUAUCCUUAAGUUCUGUUUUGCCAAAUAAUUGAUGCCACAGGGAACUGUUAUUUUAUGUUACUCGGAACAUUCAAUAGAUAUUUAUAAGUAGUAGAAUAGUAUUUGUAGUGUCAGUCCUGAAUUGUCUGUGAGGUACCAAUUCUGAUCAUGCCUUAUCUUCUGAACAGAUGUGAUUUAAUGAGAGCGCAGUUUUAUCUCAGUCACUGAUCAUUUUUAACAGAAGGGCAUGAUUUGAGACAUACUGAUCUCUCUCGCUCCAUUAAAACUCUGUCUUCAUAUCCACGUCCUACCAUGGUGUAGCAGGGGUCUCAUGCCUUGUCCAAUAACUUGGAUUCCUUAAAGCUAUAAAAAUAUAUUUUUGGCGUACGCACAUGCAGUCAAAAGUGUCCCAUAAAACCAGUGUGCCGGUAACGUUAUGCUUAUUGGCCAGUUUAAGGGCUUCUGUUCUGUAUCAUCGUCACCUUACUAGGUGUUUUAUAAACCUGUCUAAAAGCACAACACAGCAGGCGUACGUUUAAUGCUUAGUGUCACUGUUUUACCAUGGUGUCCCGGGGGUUGUUAUCACAAUAAUUUAACAUCUGGUUGCAUUACUUGACUCGUAUGCCCCUUUACCACUGUUUAUUUCAAACAGUGCACGUGAUCAAGCACAGAGGAAAAUCGACAGACUGAUUCCAACAUACGGCCAACUGAGAUACAAUGUCGGGAAAGUUUAAACACUGUAUCCUGUGCCAAAAUGACACUUUCAUAGUGUUUAAGAAAGCACAAGAAAAAAGAAACACGGUGGUGUCAAACACACAGGGGAUGCAUUGCUGUUGAUAAUAGACAGAAAUCUCUACACAGUGAUUCAAUCUUACUUUCAGGUUUGUGAGUGUUUAUGUUUUCAGUGCUGAACAAGCAGUUCUGGCCUACAGUAGCCUCUGUGUAUUGGUUGCCUUAUAGAUAUGUUAGGCUGUUUUAUUGUAGUGUUGUCAGUGUGUUAGAGUCAGUUGUCAGCACAAGGAGUGAGAUUUUCACUAUUAUGAAACAGAAGUGUCGGAUCAUUCUGGUUGUGGACAUACUGAGCUGUUAGUGAGGACUGUGCCUGCGCUGCCUAGAGCGAAUCUAAUCACUACACAUAACAACUCUUAAGUGCUUACAUCGUAAAACACAACACGAAUUGCUUGUAUAUUUAUUCACUUUUUUUAAAAGACUGUAAAAAGUGUCUGCCCCUCUUUUUACAUCACAUCUGAGCUUUCAAAGAUACAAUAUUUCAACAAAAUCACACAUUAUAAUAGUACAAAUAUUUUAUCAUAACUGCAAAAAUUCCAAAGUGACAUCCAGAGAAACAUGCAUUAUGAACGAAAAGGGUCUCCCUUACGUAAAUGCUCAUUGGAUGUGACAUUUGCAAAUGUCAUACGGCUAAGAUGCCUAAGGCCAGAUGUGGCUAAUAGGACGCAGUGGUUCUGUGACAAAUAGAAAGGAAUCUACUGUGUCUCCAGAUUUGUGUGAUUUCCAAAUGAGAAUUUUGUAAAAACCUGAUCUCCUCAGAUAUUAAUGUUUACUGAGAGCUCAGGCGUUUGUUCAUGUUCUCGAGAUGACAAUUCACAUUCUUACACCUCAUGCUGUUACCUCAUUCAGGUUGAUGAAACCCUUAAGUAAAAUCAAGGAUGGAUUAUUGCAACAGAAAAUAUCACUGCUUAAUCUAAUGUCCUAAACUAUAAAUUAAAAACACAACUUACAUUUAUUUGUUGUAUAAAAAGUGUCUAGAUUCUUUCAUAAUAGUUUUUAAAAAAGGAUGUGUAUUGCUCUUUCGUUUCAUUUACUUUUAUACCAUUUUGUAUGUUUUGUUUGUUAAUCUUGUGUGUUGCCUGAUGUCUGUUUACCUUUUUUUCAUAGUCCAUUUGUAAGUUAUUUGAAUAUAUAACUUCAUGAUUUUGUUCUGUUGAGAAAGCUGGAGAGUAUUACUGGAGCAUUUGAUCAAUUUGUAUUUAUUUAUUUUUAUCAUUUUUGCUAAAUAAAAUUGUAAAUUUAA